AUGCCAGUGACCUUCGAGGAGGUGGCUGUGUAUUUCACCGCAGGGCAGGGGGCUCUGCUGGACCCCGGUCAGAGAGCCCUCUACAGGGACAUCAUGCAGGUGAAUUAUGAGACUGUGAUCUCGCUGGGACUCCCCAUUCCCAAACCUGCCCUGAUUGCCCAGCUGGAAAGAGGGGAAGAGCUGUGGGUCCUGGAUCUCCAGGACUCCAAGGAAAGUAAGAACCCAAGAGGCACCCACACAGAUGAUGGGAGAAUGAGUAAGAAUGAGGAGGGGAAUCCACAGCGGGAAGGUCCUGAGCAAGUGGAAUUGCAGGGCGACUUUUUGAGAAGAGCUGAAGACAACUUUUCCCAGUGCUUGGAACAGAGAAAAGCCUGGAGUAAUUGGCACAUGUCAGAGAGGAAGCUGGGAAACCACUCAAAAAAGCAAGUGCAUAAAUCCUUUGAAUGUGGGGGAGGAGACAAGGUAUCCAAAGAAACCAAAACCCAGCAGACAAACCCCAAAGAAAAGGAAUCCUAUAAAUGCUUGGACUGUGAAAAAAGCUUCAGUUGGAGCUCAAAUCUUACUGCCCAUUGGAGACUGCACACGGGAGAGAAACCAUAUAAAUGCCUUGAGUGUGGGAAAAGUUUCAGUCAGUGAUCGCAUCUUAAUAGCCAUGGGAAAAUCCACAUGGGAGAGGGACCAUAUAAAUGCUUAGACUGUAGUAAAAGUUUCAGUGGACCUUCAGGCCUUAUUGCACAUCAGAGAGCCCACACAGGAGAGAAACCCUAUAAAUGCUUGUACUGUGGGAAAAGCUUCAGUCAAUGCUCAAGCCUUAUUACCCAUGGGAGAAUCCACACGGAAGAGGGACCAUAUAAAUGCGUUGAGUAUGGGAAAACUUUCAUUAGACCAUCAGCCCUUAUUGUACAUCAGAGAACCCACACGGGAGAAAAACCUUAUAAAUGUUUGGAUUGUGGGAAAAGCUUCAAUAACUGCAGGAAAAGAUUCCGUCUGAGCUCUCACAUUAUUUCUCAUGACAUAAUUCACAGAAGAAAGAGCUUGAAUGUGGAGGAAGCUUUAUUUGGUGCUCACACAGCAUCAAGCAUCAGCAAAUCCACAUAGAGAAGAGCCCUCUUAGAUGUUCUUAGCAUGAAAUGUGCUUCAUUUGGAGCGAACGCCACAUUGGACCUCAGAGGCUCCUCCACACAGGAGAGAAAUUCCCUCAGUGCCUGGACUAGGACUGGCCUUUGUAAAAACUCCAUUUCCUUGUUCCCACACACAGGUAUCUAGCUGCCGAUCUCUGGGCGCAGGUUCCAGCAGCUGCUGACCCUGAGCUGAUCAGUGACCCUCUCGCUUUGCCUGGUCACAGCUAACCGUAGCCAGCGGAGGAGAAGUCCCAUCAGCCCUGUGACAGGUUGUUUCCCCCCCGGAUCCGGGGAUGCCACAUGAUGUACUGGGGUUCCACUGAACCUGCCCGUUCCACCAGCGCUGGCCCCCUCACCCUGUCCUGACAAGCCAAGCUCUCCAGCCUACUCUGGAAAACACACAGGUAGGGCCACAUCCUACUGCAGAAAGACACUGAGAUUGGGCCUGCAUGGGUACACCCAACUUGGGAAGUGCCCAGCACUCAUGUGCACACCACCAUAGGAGUGCAAACCCAAGGAGUGCAGUGUCUUGUGCUGCACAGUGAACUCUGCAACUUAAGCUCAUUGGUUGCCCCGUCCCUCAAUGUGGAGGAAGAUAUGCACAGAUU